GAGAGGUUUACAAGUCAAAGUUGUACUCUGACCUCAGCUUUGACAUUUAACAACCUCUUUGAUGAAGAAGAAGAAGUGUAUCACCUUCUCUUUUCUUCAUCUCCUAUCUCCAACUUUUGUAUGAUACAUAGAAAUUAAUUAGGAAUCAUGUCCAUAACCAUUAGUGAAGUGAAUCACCAAAGAAUCAAAACCAACGGAAUAUACAUACACGUGGCAGAACAAGGGACAGGACCACUAGUUUUGUUGCUUCAUGGUUUCCCUGAAAUAUGGUUUUCUUGGCGACACCAACUCAACUACUUGGCCCAACAUGGUUAUCAUGCUGUUGCACCUGAUCUAAGAGGAUAUGGUGACUCUGAUUCUCCUCUUAACCCAAAUUCUUACACUCUUCAUCAUAUAGUAGGUGACCUUAUUGGUCUUCUUGAUCAUUUUGGUGAGCAAAAGGCAUAUGUAGUUGGAUCUGACUGGGGUGCAAGCAUUGGAUGGCACCUGAGUCUUUUUAGACCUGACAGAGUAAAGGGAUUUGUUGCUCUAUGUGUUCCUUACUUCCCAAGAUCUCCCACAGAUAAAACUGUUGAAACUAUAAGAAAAAUAUAUGGAGAUGGGAAUCAUGUAUGCCAAUUCCAGGAACCAGGUCGUGCAGAAAGAGCUUUUGCUAGAUAUGAUUGUUUGACAGUGAUAAAGAAGUUUAUGCUGAUUACAUUUACACAUUUUAUAAUAGCUCCUCCUGGCAUGGAGAUUGUUGAUUUCUUGCCAACUCCUUCUGUUUUGCCAUCAUGGAUAACUGAGGAAGAACUCAUGGUCUUUGCAGACAAGUUUCAAGAGUCUGGUUUCUAUGGUGCAUUCAAUUACUAUCGUGCAAUGGAUUUAAGCUGGGAGCUUCUAGCACCAUGGCAAGGAUCAAAGAUAACAGUUCCAACCAAGUUUAUUGCUGGAGACAAAGAUGUUGGCUUUCAAAACGGGGGUACAAAAGAUUUUGUGGAAGGUGAUAUUUUCAAGAGCAUUGUUCCCAACCUUGAAGUGGUUAUACUAGAUGGUCAUCACUAUAUACAUCAAGAGAAAGCUCAGCAAGUUUCAGAGGAAAUCCUUUCCUUCAUCCGUAAAUUAUCUCUGGAUUAGGGAAUCUUCAACAAUUUCAGUUUGAGACACUUUGUUCACACUUAAAUAGUUUCAUAUAAUAAUGCAAUUUAUGAGUAUUAUCAACCCCUUUGUCUUGUUUGUGGCACAGAAACAUAUCUUUUACUUAUUAAGACGAAACUUAAAUGCAACGUUUUAUGUGUUGUUUUUACUAUUGACAAAUCACAACAUGGCAAGUGAAGUUUUUUU